CUACACCCUGCUUAAUUUGCUAAUAUCGUUGAACCAUGGCCGUUAGUGAUGUUUAGGUAGUGCCUUAUGUUUAUUUUCAAGAAAAGUACCUGUAUUCCUCAGUUUAAGUAGUGUUUAUGUUUUUUUGUACGAGAUGGCCAUUAUGACCGUCAAAUUCAUAUUUGCAACGUUGUGUCUUCUGUUCCUGGCUACAGCCCAAAGAAUGCGUGAGCAAGAGUCCUGCCCACGCCAUUGGUUGUCAUUUCAAGAUUCGUGUUACAGGUUUAUUAAAUCCCCACUUCGUUCACGCAAUGAUGCCAGAAGAAACUGCCAGGCAUAUGAUGCAGAUCUUGUAAGUGUAAGCAACCUAGAAGAACAUGGGUUUCUGGUGCAUCAGCUCGUUAUGCAAGAUCCACAACACCGUCGCUGGUAUACGAGUGCACGGCAGCAGAGCCCAGACUACUGGGUUAAUGAUGGUGAUAAUAGUCAGGUGAUCAAUAUGGAUGCUGCUUUUCUGCCAGAACAGGAAUCGACCUUCAAUAAAGACUAUCUUGUAUAUAGCUUUUCCAACCAGUUGAAACGAUGGGGUUUUGAGAAAGUUGAUGGUGAAGAACCACUUUUGUUCAUUUGCGAAGCUCCAAGAGCUAGCCUGAGUUACCUUGUUGUAGAAGAUCGCACUUUUACAUAUGGAGUGGAAGUAGAAGAUCCAGAAAAGGUGCCACGUGGUCCAUUUUUUAAAAGGCAGCCACAUGAUGUCGUUUUUGAUUUAUCAAAGAGAUCUACUUUGAAUGAUGUCACUUUAAGUUGCCUUGCUGGGGGUUACCCAACACCAACAUACGAAUGGUUCAGAGAAGACUAUGAGAAUGAUCGCUUAGUGGCAAGGAAGAUUGACCCUCUAAGUGACAGACGAUAUACCAUCAGUGGCGGUGCUUUGAUAAUUUACGAUCCCAAAAUGAUUGAGGACAGAGCUUCGUACCAUUGCAAGGCAACAAAUAUGUUUGGUACCAUCAUGUCUGAAAGUGUGCAGCUGUCUUUUGGUUUUAUUGGUGAAUUUAACCUCAAACGCUCACCAGAAACUGGAAAUCAGAAUUGGGGCAAAACUGUUUUUUGUGAUCCUCCACAAUUUUUCCCUGGUGUUAAUUAUUACUGGGCUCGAGAUUACUUCCCGAAUUUUGUUGAAGAAGAUAAAAGAGUAUUUGUUUCAUACGAUGGAGCACUAUAUUUUUCAGCCCUCGAAAAUAUUGAUCGUGGUAAUUACAGCUGCAGUGUACAAAGCAAAGUGUCAGAUAAGGGAAGGACUGGACCUUUCUUUCCACUCCGUGUUAAUCCAAACUCAAACUAUCAGCAGUUGAAAUUUCCUAACAACUUCCCAAAGGCUUUCCCGGAGGCACCUGUUGCGGGACAAGAUGUACGUUUAGAGUGUGUUGCCUUUGGAUAUCCAGUUCCUUCAUACAACUGGACAAGGCGGGGUGCACACUUACCUCGUGGGGCUGUGCUGUCCAACUACAAUAGAGUGCUGACAAUACCUCGUGUCCAAGUUGAAGAUCAAGGAGAAUAUGUAUGCCAUGUUCACAAUGACCGAGCAUCAAUUGACAACGGUGUCAUACUUACAAUACAAGCUGAGCCAAACUUUACAAUACCAUUGGUUGACAGACACAUGGAUAAAAAUUCAGACUUGACUUGGACUUGUGAAGCAUUUGGAAUACCAGAUGUCACAUACAGCUGGUUAAGGAAUGGUGAACCUCUGGAUGUUGAGAAACUACCAGGAGAAGAUCGUGACCGGUACAGAAUUGUUGACAAUGUCUUGACAAUUAAGAAUCUCGAUCCAGAUCGUGAUCAAGCUAUGUACCAAUGCAAAGCCAGGAAUCAGCUUAAAGCCAAGUACUCUACAGCUCAACUGCGUAUCUUGUCUCUGAAACCAUCAUUUAAAAAACGGCCACUUGAGCCAGAAACAUAUGCAGCAGAAGGGGGAAACAUCACUAUUAACUGCAAUCCAGAAGCAGCUCCAAGGCCAAGUUUUGUAUGGAAGAAAGACGGCUCUCAGAUUGGAUCUGGAGGCCUCCGUGAAAUUCUGAGGAAUGGUGAUCUUCUGAUACGUUCCGUAUCUCGUAAUGAUGAAGGCCUGUAUACUUGUAUUGCCGAGAAUGAGUAUGGAGUGGCUGAAAGCACAGGAAGGCUAAUUGUUCUUCGUGGUCCACACUUUAUUCAAAAAAUGGUUCCCGUAGCACACACUGCUGUGGAGCGUGACAUGGAACUGCGAUGCCAGGCAGUUGCAGAGGAAAUACUUGAUGUCGCUUAUAUUUGGACUCAUAAUGGGCUUCGUAUUAGAGACUCUGACCCAAGUGCAACUCGAAUGCAUAUUAAAGGCAAUGUUUUGGAUAUUCGAAACAUAUCUUUUGCUGAAGGCGGUGACUAUGAGUGUAUUAUAAAGAGUGCUGUUGGAAGGAUUGCUUCUAAAACCCAUCUUAUUGUUGAAGGACCUCCAGGCCCACCAGGUGGAGUCCAGGUAACAGACAUAAAGAAAACAUCAGCAACUAUUCAGUGGACAGAUGGAGCUACAAAUGGCAAUCCAAUAUUGCACUACACAAUUUCGGGGCGUACAAGAUGGAAUAACACGUGGAUGAAUCUUUCUCAAAAUGUAGAAGCAAAAGAAGUUCAUCUUUACAAUGGCCGUAAAGAAGCUACAGUGGAAAAUGUUCUGUCACCCUGGUCUGGCUAUGAAUUUAGAGUAUCGGCUGCAAAUGCUCUCGGUUAUGGACCUCCAUCUGCACCAUCACCUAUUUACAACACACCUGCUGAUGUUCCUUACAAAGCACCAUCAAAUGUUGGAGGUGGUGGUGGGAAAAUUGGUGACCUGACCAUCACAUGGGAUCCAUUGCCACCUCAAGAUCACAAUGGUCCUGGCAUAUACUACAAGAUUUUUUGGCGGCGUGCUCACCAUGAUAUGGAGUUUCAAAGUCUGGGAUUGAAAAAAUAUGGUAACAUAGGAACUGCUGUUGUUAGAAUACAGCCAGAGUAUUAUUACACCCAGUUCGACGUUAAAGUGCAGUCUGUGAAUGAAGUCGGGUAUGGACCUGAAUCAAAAAUAGUGACAAUAUACAGUGCAGAAGACAUGCCUCAAGUUGCUCCACAGCAAGUAUCAGCCAGAGCAUUCAACUCCACUGCUCUAAAUGUCAGUUGGGUACCUAUCAAUCAGAGUAGGGAGAUGAUACGUGGAAAGCUCAUUGGACAUAGGUUGAAAUAUUGGAAGGAAAAGAACCGUGAAGAAGAUGCUGUUUAUUACCUUAGCCGUAGCACUCGGCCUUGGGCAAUUGUAGUUGGCCUGGAACCAGACACAUACUAUUAUGUGAAAGUCAUGGCUUAUAAUUCUGCAGGAGAAGGCCCUGAAAGUGAGAGAUUCUUAGAGCGAACAUACAGGAAAGCGCCUCAAAAGCCUCCAUCGACAGUGCAAGUAUUUGGUGUGAACCCUACAACUGUCAAGGUACUGUGGCGAUAUGUUGCCCCAUCAGCAGAGGAAGAACCAGUCAUAGGUUUUAAGGUCCGUAUUUGGGAGAUUGAUCAAGACAUGAGCACAGCAAAUGACACAAUUGUUUAUGUCGGUUCCAAGCUAGAAGCAUAUGUGGAUAAUUUGUCACCAGGUAAAAUCUAUCACAUGAGGGUCUUGGCAUUUUCAAAUGGAGGUGAUGGUCGAAUGUCUUCUCCGGCAUUGACUUUUCAGAUGGGUGAUGAGUCUCUGCUGAAUGGAAGCAAUGUAGUUGCUGUCAAGUCAUCAGUGCUUGUGAUAGUAUUUGGUUUCCUUUUGCUUCUGAAGCCUUUGGAAAUUGUGUAACUAAGCACAAGUUUCUACACCGUAAGUGCCCUUAUAGUCAUACAAAUUAAGGCUCAGAUGUGGAAUCUCAUUAGUGGUUACACUUCCCUUCGAGAACAGUGGUUGAAUUGUUAGAAGGUAUUCAUGCUGAUAUCAGUUGCUGAUUUGGUAUCUCUGCUGGAAUCAGCAUAAACAGUUUCACAGAAUGCCAGUGCCUGUUUGUUACAUCUGGUAAUCUAUUGCCUUUGUUUGGGUUGUAUUUAAAUAUUGGAAAAGAUUAGAUCCACUUUACUGAUCAAUUAUACGCAUUUGUUACUCUCAUGUCGGUAUCCUUAGACUGUUUCUGUAAUGUAUUUAGCUAACAAUUGUUAGCCCAAAUGUUAGUAAUUCUUUAUCAAUUACUGAAUCAAGACUGUAAUAUAUUCAAAAUAUUUUAUGCUUAAAGUGAAAUAUUUUUGCUUAAUUUUUAAUGAAUACCACAUUUCAUAUAAAAAGCCUUUUUCCGUCCACAUCUGUGAUUAUGUUUCCGUAACUAAAGUAUUCUCUCUUCUUGAGUUGCAAUUUUUGUUAUACCAGAAAUUGGGUUGCAAAACUUGUUUCUAAGCAACGAUUCAUUUCUCUGUUUCAUUGUACGUUGUAUCCUCUUGCCCUCUGCCAACCCCACACCCCACACUCUUAACUCUGGGGAACAGCAUAUUAUUUCAGUGCAGAGACUCUAUUAGACAAGUAGUUGUGCCCAGUUAUCUAUCUCUAGUAUAACAAAAAUUAAUACUUAAGGCGAGAUAUUUGUAUUUUAUUGUACAUAUCUUGGUGUGUUAAAUGUUAAGGGAAGCAUUAUAAAUGUCUGAAAAGGAUGUAAAAAGAUGUGUGCCUUAGUUAAAUUUGUGUGAUUGUCUCAAACAGAUACUAGGGUUAUUUCUCAUGUGUCACAAAAGUGUGUGAGAGAACUUUGAAAUAUUUUCAAUCCUCCAGUUGUAGUUAGCUACAUAAAUUCCUUAAAAUUGUACUCAAGUAUGUUAAAGCUAGUGUAUCGUUUUGCAUGGUACCUAACACAAAUGCAUCGCAUGAAAGUAGGGAGUAUUAUUGUAUCAUAAAUUAUGACAGAAUAUGUACCACAAAUGAUGUAAGUAAGUCUGAAAUUUCAAGAUAAUAAUUAUCUAUACAUAUGAUCAAAAUAAGUUUGAUUGUUAGUAUCACAGUAUGUAUUUUUAAUGAAUUUGACAUCCCCUUGGAAUGUACUACCAGCAAGAAAAAGUAGUGAUGACAAUUAAAAUUCUCUCUCUCUCUCUCUCUGUGUGUGUGUGUGUGUGUGUGUGUGUGUGUGCGUGCGUGCGUGCGUGCGUGCGUGCGCGUGGAGAGGGGGAGCCCCUACAUAUCUGCUUUAAUGGAGGAGAUAUUCUCAUUAGUGUACAUGCUGUGUAUCAUUUGUUAUGCCUAAGAAUAUGUACAUAAAAUGAAGGUAAUCUGUUAAUUCUGUUAUCACUUUACUAUCAUCACACUUUUCUUUAUAUCCCCACUGGCUUCAUGGUUUAUUGUCACCAAAGCUCUCAUGACUUCAUUUACCAAGGUUUAUAGACGUGCUAGUUGAGCAGUUUUUGCUGUAGCGGAGUAACUAUUGCAGCAUUAGCAAGUUUAGUUGCCAUUUUCCACAUCAAGUAUAUAAAUAUUUCUUUUAUAGCUUCAAAAUACUUUUUUCUUUCUGCAGUAUAUUCAUUGACGUCCUAGACAGGUAUCGCCUUUCAUUUCAAAGACAACGUCAGAAUAAGCUACGAACUUUGUUGACUUUUAGCAGGAACCUCUAAAUUCAGUUUCUCUUGUCAUUAACAUAUGACAAAGAAUGGAGACACACUUUCUUUAUCUGCUAUGCCAGUUGGGAAACAGUAAAGAAAAGUAUUUUGAUAACACAAGUGUCUACUGUAGACAGGAAUAAGAACAAUGAAAUUUUAUUUUUCUUCUACAGAGAGUAUUUUAUGCACCAGUAUUGGUCUUAUCGGUAUCCGUCCAAACCCGUAUCAGUUACGGGUAAUGGUGAUGGUAUUUUAUAGGAUAUAGUUAAUAGAUAAUGAUGUUUAAUUAUUGUUUAUAUUUGCUGUGCAAUCAGAUGUGUGAAGUGAGGCAGCUCAAACAAUUGUCAUUUUUAAAUUUUUCACGGGAAAUUAAUGUUUGUGCACAGGACAACAGCUUUAACAUUAGACAGUGAUGUCAUUAACUAACAUAAACAAGUGUUUUGUUUAUAUGACAAAAUAGUUUUAUGCAAGCUGUAUAUAGAAGUGUUGGAAACGUAUUACACAAAUGUGUCAGUAUUUUAUUGGACUGUUCAGUAAAUUUUAUAUUCUAAACCAGUAAAACAUCGUUAACUGUCUGUGGUCGGAAUUAUUUUACUGAUAUUCCCUAAAAUGGGAAGGUUUAUUGAUGAUAAAGUAUUUUCAUUUGUUAGAGAUAACUUACUUCCUUAGAUACUCAAAUGUUUGCAACAGUUCGUGUACAGUAUUAUAUGUAAUCAUUUUAAAUUCAAUACAACAAUUUUGUAUACAACCAAGCUUUAUUAAACAUAUUUUAUAUAAUAAUGAAA